UUAUGAACUCCGCGCGCGUCUCCAAGAAGAUGCUCAAGAAGGAUGGCUCGUAAAGAUGCAACACCCGAGAAAAUGAAAGCCUAAGAAGAACAUGGAGUAGCGGUAUAGGGUUGCAAGGCCUAGUGAGGGAGAAGAAGACAAGGGAAGAGGACACGGCCAUUUCAUCGGUUCUGUCGUUGAAGUGAGAGAACCGAAUGGUUCACGGACAGUGAGUGAUCAAAGUUGCCGUCCCCGUCACCGAGGGAUUUGGUCGCGUCCCCGGAGAAAUCAGCAGCACUUUUUAGGAUUGAUUGCAACUGCGGAUUUCGAACUUGAAGGCUUCCAUUGGGUCGAAUGGCUUGUGGAUGCAUCGCAGUUUCGCACCUUCUGGUGUCUCCUCAGAGACCGCGGUCUUCAGCAGCUCUACGGACGAGCAGAAUCAUACAGAGGCGAAAUUCCUGGCAACCGACAUUCAAACAUGCUGCUGCUCGGCAAGGAAGCAAGAUUUCGUGGCCUCCACGUCCGGGUGGUGGCAUCCGAUGCUCUGCAUCACCUUCUCCUUCGGGAUCGUCUCCUUGUUCACUGACAGAAGCUCGUCACGAGGACGGCGACGAGGAUGAGACUUCAGAGGGACGGACGAGAGCGGCAGCGGCAGCGCGAAACAAGAAGCUGGUGAAACUUGCAUUCUUUGCGCUGGCCUUGCUUGCGUGUAAUUCCGGCUCGCACGCGGCGCUGGCCGUGGCUGAGAGCUCGAUUGCCGCGUCUUCCUUGGGCGUCAAAGUGGCCUCGUUCCUCCGAGGCUCCGGAUGGCCGGACGAGCUCGUCGUCCUCACCGUGGCCAUGCUCCCUGUGCUGGAGCUCCGCGGUGCCAUUCCCAUCAGCUACUGGCUCCGUGUCGAUCCCAUCAAGGGCUACUUCAUCGCCGUGCUCGGAAACAUGUUACCCGUGCCUCUGAUUGUGCUCUACCUGGACAAGCUGUCGACGUUCUUGGGAGAGCGGAGCAGUACAGCGAAGAAGGUGUUGGAUUGGGUGUUCGAAAGAACGAGAAAAAAGGGAGGUGUCAUCGAGGAGUUCGAGUGGUUGGGACUGAUGUUGUUUGUUGCCGUGCCAUUCCCGGGUACGGGGGCAUGGACCGGGGCCAUUCUGGCAGCUAUACUGGGCAUGCCAUUCUGGGAGGCGAUGACGGCCAAUUUCUUCGGUGUCGUGCUUGCCGGGCUGCUGGUCAAUAUCGUCGUCACUGUGGGUGGCAAGGCAGCGCUAGGUGUCGGAGCCGUUCUGUUCGCCAUAUCCACAUUCAUGUGGACCGUAUUACGAAUGAUUCGAAACAAGAAGAACGAGGAUGCAUAAUUUGCGUCUUGAAGCUGGAUUUGGAUCCUCUGUAUCAUUAUCAAUAUCAAAACAUUCAUUCAUUGCCCUGCCCCAACUCACUGUCAGCUUCAUGGAUGACAUGAUUUGGGCAGGAGUGGACCGAGUACAGCACCAACUUUGAAUCUGGUGGCUCCACUGACACGAGGAGUGC